AAGUCGGGCACAAUCCGAGUCGAAUGAAUUCGUAGCUAGGGUUUGGGUAACGGGACGAGCGGUGCCUCGCCUCCUUUUGUGUUCAGAUAUUUUCCUCCGUACCAAAAGAUUUCUUCCUCUUCGCCUUUCUUUUUCUCAAAUCGAUCAUGGAGGUCGAGAUAGUGAAGGAAUUUCCCCACUCCCGCAUAGCAGAUGUCCGUCCUCGGAAGCGUGCUAGGUCACGGUGGGACGCCGACCCGCUAACCGACGCCAAGGCUCAAAUCGGUAUAUUAUGUGGGCAAGAAGUUAACAUAAAGAGCAUCAAGUCUUCUGAGACUACUUCUAAUGAUACCCGUCCUUCCCAAUAUGCAAAAGAUUUUGUCCGACAGCUUUCCCCUCCUUGGAGAGGAGAUGAUAAAGAUGGGCAUUACAAGUUUGAACUCGGAGAAAAUUUAACUUCUCGAUAUAAGAUCCACAGUAAAAUGGGUGAAGGGGCCUUUGGACAGGUUCUAGAAUGCUGGGAUCAUGAAAGAAAUGAAAUGGUAGCCAUAAAAAUUGUCCGCAGUAACAGAAAGUAUAGAAAAGACGCUAUGAUAGAAAUUGAGAUUCUGCAGCUGCUUGGAAAGCAUGAUGCUAAUACAAGUCGUUGUGUGCAAGUACGGAACUGGUUUGACUAUCGUAACCAUAUCUGUAUUGUGUUUGAGAAGCUUGGCCCAAGUUUAUAUGAUUUUCUACGCAAAAACAGUUUUCGCUCAUUUCCAAUUGAUCUAGUUCGUGAGUUUGCAAGGCAACUAUUGGAAUGUGUAGCAUUUAUGCAUGACAUGCGUCUUAUUCACACUGAUCUAAAGCCUGAGAAUAUACUUCUUGUUUCCCCAGAGUACAUCAAAGUACCUGAUUCCAAUGUCUCAUCCAAUAAAGGAUCUCACUUCAAGAUGUUACCAAAAUCAAGUGCGAUCAAGGUUAUUGAUUUUGGAAGUACAACUUAUGAUUUCAUAGACAAUAACUAUGUGGUCUCUACGAGGCAUUAUCGGGCUCCAGAAGUUAUCUUAGGACUUGGUUGGAGCUAUCCUUGUGACAUAUGGAGCAUUGGCUGUAUUCUUGUUGAACUUUGCUCAGGAAAGAUGCUCUUUCAGACUCAUGAGAACUUGGAGCACUUGGCCAUGAUGGAAAGAGUGCUUGAACCUUUACCGUCAAACAUGUUAAGAUUAGCUGACCGAGAUGCUGAGAAGUAUAUUAGGAGAGGCCAUUUAAACUGGCCUGAAAGUGCAACAUCAAGAGAAAGUUUCAAAGCAGUGUUGAAACUUCCAAGGCUUCAGACUUUGGUAAUGGAGCACACUGAUCAUUCUUCUGCGGAUUUCUUAGAUCUGUUGCAAGGUCUUUUGAGAUAUGACCCUGGAGAUAGAUUGGGAGCUCGCGAGGCUCUUGCACACUGUUUUUUCACAAGAAGUUGAAACUAAAGGUCCAGUAACGUUGCUUACAUUAAAAUCUCGUUCACAAAACUCAAGGCCAUGCAACUUUGAAGCAAAAGCCUUCCUGACAAAGGCUUCUGAGAUAUGACCCUGGAGAUAGAUUGGGAGCUGGUGAGGCUCUUGCACACUGUUUUUUCACAAGAAGUUGAAACUAAAGGUCAUGCAAGCUCUUUGAAGCAAAAGUCUUCCAGACAAAGACAUCUGAGAUGUGAUCCUGGAGAUAGAUUGGGAGCUCGUGAGGAUCUUGCACACUGUUUUAUCACAAGAACUUGAAACUAAAGGCCCAGUAGCAUUAAGGCCAUGCAAAUUCGUUAAAGCGAACUAGCCUCAGUUUGGCGUGUACACCGAGCUCAGUGUUGUCGUAGUGUAGUUUCCUGUUCUGCAAAAUUUGUGUAUAUCAGCAUCUCAUUUUUUCUUGAGCUCUUUGUUCUAAUGGCUUGAUGCGCCUGUAUACUAAUGGCGGCUAACCUGUACCAAACUUGCUGAUAUUUUCCUUGUUUUAACAUCUUGGAUUUUAAA